AAUUAUUGUAAAAGAUACAUCAGCAAGACCAGUUCAAGGAAUUGGCAUGGCUGUAGAGCUAGCAGAUAAAGACAAAGCUGACGUCAUCAUUGGUGCCCCACAUUCUUCAGUAAAUUUGGCGGUGAGCUAUUUCACAGCAUACCGGAAUAUCCCACACAUAACAUGGGGCUCAACAGAGGCAGUCUUUGCCGAUAAAUCAACCUUUAGAACCUUAAUUCGAACUACAUCACCCUUUAAUGCUGUCGGGUCUUUUCUGGUGAAGUUGUUUGAAAAAUUUGAUUGGAAGGUUGCUGCAUUGUAUGGAAAUAUGUACAACAGUCUCAUGAGAAGUGUCGCAGAAAACUUUGAGAAUUACAAUAUUUCUGUAUCAGAAGACAUUGCGUUCAACUCAAGUCUUCUUUCUAACCCUGUUAUUCAGAGACAUCUUAAGAAAAUCCAGCGAGAAUCUCGAA